AUGACCUUCCCUCACUGCCAUUCAUUUGCUAAUCUGAUCACGAUUUCAAUUCAUAGAAACUUUUCGUUCGCUUGUUUGUACGUUGUCAUGGAACAAACACAAAAAAAUAUUUUCUCUUUACUUUACUCCACCACCGAUGCUCACACAUUGAAUUCUUUUCAAGUUCAACCACGUGAGGCUAACUUUUCCAAAACGAACGCGCCCUUUUUUAUGUACAUCAAACAUCCAGCUAGAAUAAAAGAAAAUGAAAAGGGAAAACCAGCAGACGAGAGUGCUAAUUUAAAUGCAUUAAUCGUGAAAAAUGAAAAACGAAAAUAA